AACUCUAAUCCCCUGCACAACCGCAAAAACGCCCGCACACCUCGUCUACCCCUACAAGAUAAUGAAGAUUGCCGGCGGAUUGUUGGUCCUGGGUCUACUGAAGACCAUCACGGCGUGGCAAUCGGGCAGCCUGAGACCUUUCCACCACGCGUUCCCUGUCCACGAUCUACCUCUGGCGAAGAAGUUUUACGGCGAGGUACUCGGGCUGUCCGAAGGCCGUUCUUCCCUGAAGUGGCAGGACUAUUCCCUGGACGGGCACCAAAUCGUUUGCCAUUUGGUUUCGAAGGACUACCGCUGCCAAGACUACGUCAACCCCGUGGAUGGUGACAGGGUUCCAGUACCGCACACCGGGCUCGCCAUGACCGUGGAACAGUUCCAUCAAUUCGCCGGCAGACUCCGCAAACAUGGCGUCGAAUUUGUCGUCGAGCCUCAUCUCCGGUUCAAGGACCAACCCGGCGAGCAGUGGACAAUGUUCUUCAAAGACCCGUCCGGCAACAACCUAGAGUUCAAGGCCAUGACGAACCCGGACAACCUGUUCGCAAGAUACAACGUUGACGAGUUCGAUUAUGGGGCCGGAGGCGACAGUGAUGACGUCGACGCGGGGCAGAAGGAGCUGUAGGCAGAGUGUCUCCUGUCAAUAUAGAGGCUCAUCGUCAAUGGGGCACAACAAACUACGAUGGUCUCUACACCGGCGAUACAGGAUGGAGUUGGUGGCAUGUGGCGACGGACGGGGAAAAGCGUCGAACUUGAUGACAAGGAAAUACGACAGCAGUAGCCAAUCGUGGUGCCCAUGCCAACAAACGCAAGGGCGUUUGUUUUCUCAGGCCAAAACCGAUCCUCUUGCUUGCCGGCACUCCCGAGAAGCGGAGUGACAUGUACAUUAUACUGUAGGAGAGAAGCCUCUUGUGGAAAGCUAACGAAGCUUGCCUCUGUAUAUAGUAGCCCUGGAGUGUUUGUUGAGGUGGCUUGAAUGCGAUCGUAGGCACCGGCGAACAUAGACCGGUUUGAGUGAUUUGGGUUGGGGGGCAACGAUGUUGGACGUAUGUAGUCCUGCUUUGUUCGCGUGUAGAUAUUGUAGUGUAACAGCAGCGUCUGUUCUUGUGUUGUGUGUCCAAGCGUGUAAUCAGCAAUUAUGCAGUCUGAAAUUCGUCAAGCACACGGCGAACUCGGAUGGAAAAACCGCUCUCUGUUAUUAUGGUGUAGUUUUACUGCACAAUGAGGGAACGGACCGGCUGAAUCCUUUUCGCGAAUAAAGUCAAGGCAAGCAAGCACCACAGGUUAACAAAGACAAAGUCCUGUCUG